UUACUUCUCUUUGCAGAACUGUCUAUGAUACACAUCCUGUUCUCUGGGUUACCCAGCUUUUGUCUCUCCUCACAGUGUGGGGGCAUGCACUUCGGUAAAUUUGUUCACCGGAGAAUCAUCACAGAAAAAGUCCCUGCAGCUACCCAUCAUCAGUAAAAAGCACUUCUUUCACAUUUCGCCUCUUUUACUUUUGGGUUCUUGGACGCCCCUCCAAUAACUGUCUUUCACUUGGUUAGAUGCCACCAGGAACUGCUGAGUAUUUUCAAGCGCUAUUGCCCUGCAGCUCACAAAUCUACACUGCUGUGGAAGACCAUGGAAUAUCUAUCUCCUUGAAUCCUGGAUGUAUUUCUCUCACAGUCAUCUCGCUUCAUUAAAUUUCCUCUGGUGUUGAGGGAAAGCUGAGAGGAUGAAGGCUCUAAGUCCCCACUGGAAGCAUGAUAUGGCGGCGCAGAGCUGGUGCUGAAUUGUCCUCUCUGAUGGCUCUAUGGGAGUGGAUAGUACUGAGUCUUCAUUGCUGGGUUUUAGCGGUUGCUGCUGUGUCUGACCAGCAUGCCACAAACCCCUUCGACUGGCUCCUCUCUGAUAAGGGACCCUUCCAUCGUUCACAGGAGUACACAGAUUUUGUGGACAGAAGCCGACAGGGAUUUAGCACACGAUACAAGAUAUACAGGGAGUUUGGCCGUUGGAAGGUAAAUAACCUCGCAGUUGAGAGAAGAAAUUUCCUUGGCUCUCCUUUGCCUCUUGCCCCUGAAUUCUUCCGCAACAUAAGACUUUUGGGACGCCGACCCACUCUUCAACAAAUCACAGAAAAUCUUAUCAAGAAAUAUGGGACUCAUUUCUUGCUAUCUGCUACUCUGGGAGGAGAGGAGUCACUCACAAUUUUUGUGGACAAGCGGAAGUUGAGCAAACGCUCUGACGGAAGUGAAACCAGCACCAAUAGUUCAUCUGUCACUUUGGAGACCUUACAUCAGUUGGCUGCUUCCUAUUUCAUUGACAGGGACAGCACCCUUCGCAGACUUCACCAUAUCCAAAUUGCAUCCACUGCCAUCAAGGUGACAGAAACACGGACGGGUCCUCUUGGCUGCAGUAACUAUGACAACCUAGACUCUGUCAGCUCUGUUCUGGUUCAAAGUCCUGAGAAUAAAAUUCAGUUGCAAGGGCUUCAAGUUCUCCUUCCGGACUAUCUUCAGGAACGUUUUGUGCAGGCAGCCUUGAGCUACAUUGCUUGUAAUUCUGAGGGGGAGUUUAUCUGCAAGGAUAAUGACUGCUGGUGCCACUGUGGUCCAAAAUUCCCAGAAUGCAACUGCCCCUCCAUGGACAUUCAAGCCAUGGAAGAGAAUCUUCUUCGAAUAACUGAAACAUGGAAAGCCUACAACAGUGACUUUGAAGAUUCAGAUGAAUUCAAGUUCUUUAUGAAAAGACUACCCAUGAAUUAUUUCCUCAACACAUCAACUAUAAUGCAUUUGUGGACAAUGGAUUCUAAUUUUCAACGCCGCUAUGAACAACUGGAGAACAGCAUGAAACAGCUUUUCCUGAAGGCACAUAGAAUUGUACACAAGCUCUUUAGCCUUAGCAAACGGUGCCACAAACAGCCCCUCAUCAGCCUGCCAAGACAGAGAACCUCAACCUACUGGCUCACUCGCAUCCAGUCUUUUCUCUACUGCAAUGAGAAUGGCCUUCUGGGCAGCUUCUCCGAGGAGACGCACUCCUGCACCUGUCCCAAUGACCAGGUUGUGUGCACAGCCUUUCUGCCCUGCACCGUGGGUGAUGCCUCCGCCUGCCUGACCUGUGCGCCUGACAACCGCACCCGCUGCGGCACCUGCAACACAGGCUACAUGCUGAGCCAGGGACUCUGCAAGCCUGAAGUUGCCGAAUCAACUGAUCACUACAUAGGCUUUGAGACUGACCUGCAAGACCUGGAGAUGAAAUACCUGUUGCAGAAAACAGACAGACGAAUAGAAGUCCAUGCCAUCUUUAUCAGCAAUGACAUGCGCCUCAACAGCUGGUUUGAUCCUUCCUGGAGGAAGCGUAUGCUCCUGACCUUGAAGAGUAACAAGUACAAGUCCAGUCUGGUCCACAUGAUCUUGGGUCUCUCUUUACAGAUUUGCUUAACUAAAAACAGCACUUUGGAGCCGGUGCUGGCUGUUUACAUCAAUCCCUUUGGAGGCAGCCACUCUGAGAGCUGGUUUAUGCCGGUGAGUGAGAGCAGCUUUCCAGACUGGGAGCGGACUAAGCUGGACCUGCCCCUGCAGUGCUACAACUGGACACUGACUCUGGGAAACAAAUGGAAGACAUUUUUUGAGACAGUACACAUCUACCUGAGGAGUCGCAUCAAGGCAAACGGCCCCAAUAGCAAUGAGAGCAUUUACUAUGAGCCUUUGGAGUUUAUUGACCCAUCCCGGAACCUGGGCUACAUGAAAAUCAACAACAUCCAAGUGUUUGGCUACAGCAUGCACUUUGACCCUGAAGCCAUCCGGGACCUGAUUUUGCAGCUGGACUACCCCUACACUCAGGGAUCCCAGGACUCGGCCCUUUUGCAGCUGCUGGAGAUAAGAGACCGUGUAAAUAAGCUCUCCCCACCUGGUCAGCGCCGCCUAGAUCUUUUCUCUUGCUUGCUUCGUCAUAGACUCAAGCUGUCUACUAGUGAGGUGGUGAGAAUUCAAUCUGCUCUGCAGGCAUUUAAUGCCAAAUUGCCAAACACAGUGGAUUAUGACACAACCAAAUUAUGUAGUUAGCCGUAAAUGUCAAGCACAACCCAAAAUCUUGAAGGAGUUUUUACAGUGCUUUUGUGGAACAGUUUAUGUUUGGAAAAGUAAAUUUAAAUUGUCUUUUCAAUAUCUGUCUUAUAUCAGUCAAUAACGUUGGAUGGCAAUUUACACACAUGAACUUGCUGACAAUGAAUAUAUUAUACUACAAUUUUGGUUUAAGAAUGAAAUAAAUACUGACACCAGUCUAGAAGACAUUCUACUUUUUACAAUAAAUUUCAUUUGUAAUUUUAUAUGUUCCGUGGCAAUGCUUUUGUGCAUUACAUCCUCUAGAGGGAACAUAAAAUGAUACCAAUAAAAUUUUGUAG